AUGAAGAAAGUCACUACCACCCUACUGCCUCUAGAAUUUUUGAAGAAACUUGAGAGAUCUAAGCAAUUGAGUUGGUUCUAUACCACCACAUGGUCAGGUGGAGACAAGUACCAAGUACUAGACCCUGAUGGUCAAUUUGUUGUUGACAAGAAAGAUUGGUAUUGCUCAUGUAGGAGGUGGAAACUUAGUGGUAUUCCCUGUGGUCAUGCAGUGUCUAUGUUAUAUUACAAUAGAGAAAAGCCUGAAGACUACCUGCACUCAUGCUAUGAAGUGAGAACCUUUAUGGACACAUAUAGGCACAUAUUAAACCCCACUCGUGACAAGGACUCAUGGCCAAAGAGUGACCAAUGUCCCAUUAUCCCACCAGAGCCAGUGAACAAUAGGAGGGGCAGGAGAACUAUACUAAGGAGGAGAGAAAUGGAUGAAAACCGUGGUUUUGCCAAGGGGAAAGUUAGUAAAAAGGGUGUGAAGAAUAAAUGCAGCAUGUGUGGUGCAACAGGACAUAAUAAGAGAUUUCAUGGGCAGGACAAUACAAACAUGUCAGCAAGAACAUCACUGGCACAAGGUUUUUGUGGUGAGGCACUCCAAAAAGGAACAGUUUCAAGAAGGCAACUUGAUGCUGGGCAAAGGACUCAACUGCAACAAAAAGAUGGAAAAGAAAGCAAUAAGACAGGAUUGGUUCACAACAAGAGGAAAGCAUGGUUACCACCAGGAGUUGGAUCCUCUGCAAGUGUAGGUGACACUUAUAGGAAGGCACCUUGA